AUGCCCUACUCUCCUACUGUCGCCGCCGCCACCACCCUGCUGGCGGCAGCCUAUGCGGUGGGGCGAGGGCGCUGCCCUCGCCUACAGGCGGCACGCCCAUUGGCGGCGCUGCCCUCGCAUGCAGGCGGCACGCCCACUGGCGGCACUGCCGUUGCAGGUGGGCGCCUCCACAGGCGGUUCUGCCGGCGGGGCAACGCCUGCAGGCGGCGUUGUCCCCCGGGCCGGCCGCCCCUAUGGAGGGGUUUCUGCCCGCGGGCUACCAGCCCCGCCGGUCGCAAGCCUGCUGCAAGCAGGCCGUCGACCGAUUGCUGCAAACGGAAGGGAGAACUGAUAACGUGCUCAGAUGAGAAUAACUCGGAGCUUUUCCAUGGAGUUCUAGGUGGACUGGGACAGUUCGGGAUCAUCACCAGGGCCAGGAUUGCACUGGAGCCAGCUCCCAAAAGGGUACAACUCCCUCGCCUUCUCCUCUCUUCCACCCACCUUCUCGUGUGGAUCCGAGUGCUGUACUUAAAUUUCACCACCUUCACCAGAGACCAGGAGUAGCUCAUCUCUCUCCUUGGCGCAGAACCAAGCCAGAGAUUCGACUACGUCGAAGGCUUCGUCGUCGUCGACGACGGCCUGAUCAACAACCGGAGGUCGUCGUUCUUCUCCCCGAAGAACCCUGUCAAGAUAAGCUCCGUAGGAGCCACCGGCGGCGUGCUGUACUGCUUAGAGAUGGCCAAGAACUACGACGACUCCGCUGCCGACUCCAUUGAUGAGGUGGUAGAGGCACUCUGGGACAAGCUGAGCUACAUACCGGCAUCGGUGUUCACCACCGACCUCCCCUACGUCGACUUCCUCGACCGCGUCCACGGGCCGGAGCUGCAGCUCCGCGCCAACGGGAUGUGGGAGCUGCCGCACCCGUGGCUCAACCUCUUCCUGCCGGCGUCACGGAUCGUGGACCUCGACCUUGGCAUCCGCCGCAAUAGCACCGGCGGACCUAUCCUCAUCUACCCUAAUAUCGCAUGCCUUGUUUGCUUGCCCUGCCUUGCAUGCAUGCAUGCAGCCCUUGCAACCCUAGCUAGCUCACUAAUGAAUGCACACGUUCUAGUUUGUUACCUUUCUACCAUCCCUCAUCACCCGACUCGAGCCGGGUGGGCUCGUCAUUUUGGGCCGAGGUGGGAUCGGUUCGUCCGACGAAAGGCCCAGUUCGACCCCAUGUGCAGUUUCUCUAAUGAUUAUUUGGUUUUGAAGGAGACGACAACAUAUAAUGAGAUAGAUUUGAGGGUGAACAAGAUGAUGCUAGGACGAAGACAAGCUGAUGGAUGCGAUGGUCCAGAGGACAGGACCACAAGACAAGUGAGGCCCAGCAAGAGAGAAUUUUCCAAGGAGUUGUCCUAA